AGAGGUGUGGAAUUUAAGAGCAGCCGUUUCCCACCUCUGGGAUGUGUUUGAGCCGGACGGGGAGGGGGUUGGUCUGUCCUGGAGUCUCCCGCACACACACACACACCCCACCCCACACCAGCCCACCCACCUGCCAACAUGCCUAUGGAAUUCAAGCCUACCGCGGAAGCGUACGACGUCCUCCCUCCUAAGAUCUCCGAGUCCGCCUACCUCGGCGACAUCCUCACCUCCAAGGACACCGACCCAGAGCACACCCUCACCUCGGGCUUCUUCAAGGUGAUCCCAGGCGAGCCUUUGGUGUACACCUACCCAUACGACGAGAUGAAGAUCUGCCUCGACUCGAAGGGAGACAUGACCAUCACCGACGAGGAGGGCACCACCGUCACCCCGAAGAAGGGAGACACCCUCUAUUUCAAGAAGGGCUGCACCAUCACCUUCAAGGCCACCGGCGAAGAGUCCUACGGCCGUUUCUUCUACGUCGGCUUGAAGACCCUCGGCCAGCUAUAGCGGGCCAACAGCUUUAGCGGGCCUGCGGCCCGCUGUCUGCGACUGCGGCGCC